AUGGCUACCGUAAUACCGCCACCAUCGAAAAAGCAAAAAAGGGAAGCUCAACAAACAAGAGAAGUGAAUCUUGUACCUGAUGAUGUGCCCAAUGUGCUAAUUAAAUUUCAGGCAUCUGAUACUGGAGAAUCAACCGGCGGAUCAAUUCGAGUUCCUGGAGGCAUCACAGAAAAACAGUUGGAGGAGUUACUCAAUAACCUAAGAGGAGAGAGUGAUGAUCCUGUACCGUAUACGUUCUCUUUACUUCACGAAGAUGAUGGCAACAAAUUAGUCGAUAUUAGAAAUAAUUUAUACGAGUCAGUGUUGAAGCCCGGUAUAAAGACAACCGAAGAUUUUCUCACAUUAGUAUAUACCCCAAGAGCUGUUUUCAAGGUCAAGCCUGUGACCAGAUCAAAUGCAGCAAUUGCCGGUCAUGGAUCAACCAUCUUAUGUUGUACCUUUGCUCCAAAUGAUUCAGGACGUAUGUGUACAGGAGCUGGAGACUCAACGGCUAGGAUAUGGGAUUGUAAUACUUCAACACCAAUGCAUACUCUUCUGGGGCAUACGAAUUGGGUUCUUUGCGUUGCAUACUCACCAGACGGAACAAUGAUCGCCACUGGUUCAAUGGAUAACACUAUAAGACUAUGGGAAGCAAGUACUGGUAAACCUAUUGGAAAACCAUUGACCGGGCAUUCCAAGUGGGUUAGCUCUUUGAGUUGGGAACCUUUGCAUCUUGUUGCGACUGAUGCUCAGCCUCGAUUAGCAUCGAGUUCAAAAGAUGGGUCAGUUAAAAUAUGGAAUACAACUUCACGUACAUGUGAACUUACAAUGAGUGGACAUACAAACUCCGUGUCCUGUGUCAAGUGGGCCGGAUCUAAUAUCGUAUACAGUGCUUCACACGACAAGACGAUAAAAGCUUGGGAUAUUUCUGCAGGUGGUAAGUGCAUACAAACCUUGAAGAGUCAUGCUCAUUGGGUCAACCAUUUAUCAUUAUCAACUGAUUAUGUUUUAAGAAAAGGAGGAUUUGACCACACAUCAAGUAAGUCUGCGAAAUACACUCCAGACGAGUUACGAAAAAGGGCCAAGGAACAAUAUGAAAAAGUUGCCAAGUUGAAUGGUAUAAUUAGUGAGAGAUUGGUUACUGCUAGUGAUGAUUUCACAAUGUUCUUUUGGGAACCACUUAAGUCUUCCAAACCAGUUUGCAGAAUGACAGGACAUCAAAAAUUGGUCAACCAUGUAAGUUUUUCACCAGAUGGACGAUAUGUUGUUUCAAGUUCAUUUGAUAACUCAAUCAAGUUAUGGGAUGGUAUUCGAGGAACAUUCGUUACCACUUUACGGGGCCAUGUUGCACCAGUUUAUCAAACUGCUUGGUCAGCAGAUAACAGGUUAUUGGUUAGUUGUUCCAAAGACACAACGUUGAAAGUCUGGGAUAUUAGAACAAAGAAAUUGAGUGUUGAUCUUCCAGGACAUGCAGAUGAGGUGUAUGCCGUAGAUUGGAGUUUGGACGGUAAACGGGUCGCUUCAGGUGGAAAGGAUAAAAUGGUGAGAUUGUGGUCACAUUAA